AUGCGGCGGCGGACGCUGUUUGUGCUCGUUGAUCGUUUACUGGAUGAAGCGGCUCGUUUGGAGGACGCAGAGGUAGCUGAGGAGGAGGUGUUGCGAAAGAAAGCCGCUGCUUUGCGUGCCGCGCAGGCCGAGUUGGACGAGUCCAUGGCGCGGUUGGAUCGUUUGCGUAAGCAGAAAAGAAUGGUUUUCCGAAAAGGUCGAGAAGUUACAGAGGAGGAGCCGGUGGCGUCUCCCGUAUCGGAGGUUCAAUCGAUGGGUGGCUUUGGUGUGAUAGACCUGGAUUCAAUCCUUGAUUGGAAUCCUGGUACUCUAAACUUCUUAUCGGGGGGGUCCUAG